AUGAAAAACAAGAAGCAGCUAAUCCAAAACGAAGAAAAAGAACUUCUGCCAGUUGUAAUAGAUUAUCAACCUAAUGUCUCAUCACCAUCUCCUCGAACAGUGCUCAACGCUAUCCUUGAAGAAUCAAGAAACUCAAGCCAAAACAACUUAAUUGGUUUUGAAAAUAUGCCAUCAAAUGAUACUGCAAAAUUAUCUAGCAAGCUCCAAGGAUCAAGCUCGAGCUCGGGACCGGGAUCCACCUCAGACAAAGAGAAUUCAAUCAUGGAAGAAACAAAUGAUGCUGACAUGUUGGACUCGUUUUUCAAAUGCUUGGACAUAAAUAAGACUGUCCCAUUAGAUUUUGAGCAAUCUCAGAAGGCAACAAAACAGAAUGCAGUUCAAACCAAUGAGGCCUUGACUCAAAUUAUAUCAGAAAUAAUUAUACCAAACUCAAAAUCAGAACAGAUCACUUCCGAUCCGCACAAAGAAUUAGGAAAGGUCUUGGAUCCUGAAAUGCUUGCAGAAAUAGCUAAGCAUGAUCCAAAGAUGGCAGAGAGGAUAGUGACAAAUUGGAUGUCAGCCUUGGAGGCAAGAGAUAAGGAGGAGCUAAGCGCAUUUAUGCUUGAACACAUGACAGAAAGCUCGCUAGCUGAAUCAGUUUCAUUAUCUGCUUACUUCGAAAGAGAAAUUAGGUGCUUGGAGGAUGAAAAAACUAAAAUGCAAGAGCAGAUAGAAAUGACUUUGCAAGAGAUUCAUAUGCAAGAAGCGAUGAAUAAUGAAAUGAGAGAAGAGAUUCAGCGCUUGAAGAUGUUAUGGCAAAAGACACCUCAUUGUGGAAGGAUGUUCAACUCUAUGAAUGGAUGUGAGGGACACAACCUUCCUGCAGCUGAUGCAUCCUUGGACACAACGAAAUAUGGGGAUAACGACGCAGAUGAAUAUUUUGAUGAAUAUGAGGUAGGACAAUCAAGUGAAUCUCAAAAGAUCCAACAACAAUAUCCAUUGCAAGUUUACUACCAAGGACAAGACAAAGAUGAGCAGUCCCAAGGUCAGGAGCCAUGCAUUGUGGAUCCAAACACUGAAGAAUCAAGGAUUGAGGAGGAGCAAAGUGAUAAAGAUUAA